AUGAUCACGGGAGGUCCCACUGAUGGAGACUUCUACAAUAAGAGAAAGAGGACAAUUCGCUGCAAGGAUAUUUUCAAGGAAGUCGUAGAGGUCAUGUCCCAGAAACCUAAAAUCACACUCAAGUUCAGUUUAAGGGAUGUGCAAGGUGAAAGUUAUGAUGUCCAGAGAGUGUUCAUUGAUACAGACAUCUCUUUGGACAUAAAUUUCUUGGAGUGUUUGAGGCAGAUGGAUCUAGAUGUGAAGAUUGAGGCAGUUCAUACAACCCUCUACGGGUUUAAUGGCAAUGGGGUAACGCCAAUUCUUGUGGUAAAUACUAGCUUGACGUACAACAUCAUUCUUGGACUCCCUAGUCUAAAAUCAUUCCAGAAAGCGGUCUUGAGCUACUACCUUAAAGUAAAAAUCCUAGUCGAGGCCAAA